AUGCCCCAGGGCCAUGGGAGAAGGCUGUCCCGCCCCUCCAGGACCUGCAUAAAAGCCAGAACAGAGCCUCUCUCCCUCACACACUUCUCCUCAAGCCUUCUCCUCCUGCUCCUGCUGACAACAGGCACCCUCCACACCACAUCCAUGGCCUGCAACAGCCUCUGCCGUCCCUGCGGACCCACCCCACUGGCCAACAGCUGCAACGAGCCCUGUGCCCUGCAAUGCCAGGAUUCCCGCGUCAUCAUUGACCCUUCCCCUGUGCUGGUCACCCUGCCAGGACCCAUCAUGACCUCCUUCCCCCAGAACACCGCCGUCGGAUCCACCUCCUCGGCUGCUCUGGGUACUGAGCUCAAUGCCCAGGGACAGCCCAUCUCUGGUGGAUUUGGUGGCCUUGGCUACGGCCUUGGCUAUGGCCGUGGAUUUGGCUAUGGCCUGGGAGGCCUGGGCUGCUAUGGCAGAAGGGGCGGCUACAUCUGCUAAAGACCCUCAUCCCCAGUCCUGACACCACCAGCUCUGGGCUCUGGCAACAGCUUUUGCAAGCAAAGCACCUUGGCUGAUGGUUGCUCUACUUCUACCUCAGACCGGAUCCUUUUAAAUACUUUCUUGUGUCUGUUCCUUUUUUUUCCUUUUUUUUUUUUUUCCUUAGUAAAGAUUACCUGC